AUGACGAUCUAUAAUUUAUAUAUUUUUGAUAAGCUUGGCACUUUGCUGUAUUACGGCGAAUGGAACCGUCUGAAGCAAUCGGGAAUUACAAAAGAUGAGGAAGCGAAGCUGAUGUACGGGAUGUUGUUUUCGAUCAAAUCGUUUGUCAGCAAAAUAUCGCCCAUCGAACCGAGAGAAGGCUUCUUGUAUUACAAGACGAACAAGUAUGCGCUGCACUAUCUCGAGGUUCCAUCAGGUUUGAAAUUCGUACUAAACACAGAUAACACCUCCACAGGGAUACGGGAGUUUCUACAGAACAUUUACACGAAGAUUUGGGUUGAGUAUGUCGUAAGAAAUCCCUUGUGGACCAUCGGGACACCCGUCACAUCGGAUAUUUUUAAGACAAAGCUGGAUGAUUUUGUGAAGCAGUCGCCGCUGUAUGGUUCAAAGAUAAUUUAA